CAAAGCACUCUUGAAUUCCGCUCUUCUGAUCUGCUGGGUCAAGAAAGCGAAAGUCAACAGGUGGAUGAGAGCCAUGACUGGAAAAGACGACGUCGCAGAAGGGAAACCCAAAGGAAAAGUCUUGUCACCUAACAUCGGCGACGACAAAUCGGUCAGGGUGAAUGGAAAUGGGUUGCGCUCUAAAGGGUUCGCCAUCACCGACCUUCUAGGAUUAGAGACGGAGUUACAGACCUCGACUGCUCCUGGAGUGGUUACAAACGUUGAGGGACACGGAGCUGGCAUAGGGGGCUUCGCAUUAGCCGGGGGCUCUCUGCCUCUCGGCCUGGGUUUUCUGUGUAGUUUGGCCGCGCAACAGCCCUCUGGAGCGCCCUGCUUUCUUCCCAGUCACAUUCCUCUGCUGCAGGCACGGACGGAAAACCAGUACAUGCAAAGCCUGGAGCAGCACAAGGAGAACUACUCGGACGACGACUGCCUUUCUGGGGAUCGCAGUGAUCUUAAGAACUCGUGUAACUCUCAAAACAAGAGGAAGAAGAGGCGGCACAGGACGGUGUUCACAGCUCAUCAGCUAGAAGAAUUAGAGAAGGCGUUUAACGAAGCCCACUACCCCGACGUCUAUGCCAGAGAAAUGCUAGCCAUGAAGACGGAGCUCCCAGAGGAUCGAAUACAGGUAUGGUUUCAAAACCGAAGAGCAAAGUGGAGGAAGCGUGAGAAGUGCUGGGGCCGCAGCAGCGUGAUGGCCGAGUACGGCCUGUAUGGCGCCAUGGUCAGACACUCCAUCCCACUCCCUGAAUCCAUCAUCAACUCGGCGAAAAACGGCCUGAUGAGCUCGUGUGCACCUUGGCUUCUAGGUACGCCGAAAUGUAUGCACAAAAAAUCGCUAGAAGUAAUAAAGAAGAGCAGCGACACGCCAGAAUUCGGCUACUCUGAGUGUAGCAUUGACACCAAAAUGCCCAGCCCGGAGUGGGCACAUCAGGUCAGUGGCAGGAGCGACUCCGAGGACAUGGCGAUAGACCUCUCGAGCACUGCGAAAUCGGACCACAAAAGUCACUGGAAAUCCACGGGCGUGAAGGAGUCACUCGGCAAGUCGGGGGAGAGUUAAACGCGGGCCGGCUGUGGACGAAUCAGCGAGCGGCGACGCACCUUUACAAGCUUGAACCCCGCGGCUUUUAAUCACCCCGACUUUGAAUCGUCCACAGACGUCACUCUUUCCGGUGCACCACGUGUCCGUUUUUUAAGCGAAACUCAACGCCUUUGUGUCGAAGACGGAGGUGGCAGGUGGGAGUUCAUCGUCCGCGGUGUGACCUGAAGAUGGCCGCGCGCGUCUCGGCAGAGUCGUUUUGGUGUUUAUGUAUUAUGAUGCAAUAUACAGGAUUUGAAAA